AUGUCCGUCCGUCGAUCUACACGGAUCGCAUCGAUCCCUACCACAGUAGUGACAGAAAAGGCUGCGACCCACGUCAAUGCGUCAAAGAAGCGGCCAGCAGGCACUCAAGCGCGGAGUAUCCCAGCGAAAAAGCAAAGGUCUGCCGAAGACAAUGAGCAGAAAGGCAUUGAAGUUUCAGAGCAGACGAAUCUCCUGGUCAACGGAGCGGCCAAGGACGAGCCCGAGUUUAAAGUGCCAGUGACACCAGCAAAGAAGACUGCUAGACGCAGCACACCUUCCAAAGCAAAGCACCCUCCACUGACACCCACUCCAAGCCUCGUCAACGUCAUCCGAGCGCCGUACAGCUCAGGGGACGUCGAGGACGCAGCUCCACCCCCUGACCGCCCUGUAGGACCGCAUAUCACCAAUGCGCCUCUCAUAACCCCGGGAGGCACCCAGCAUGUCGCGUAUGAAGACACUCUCCCGGAUUCGACACCCUCAAAGACAGGACUGCCUCGCCCCACAGCAACAGCAAACACCGUCCUGGACCAAGCGUGCGCACACCUCAUCAGCGUAGACCCGCGUUUCGAAGCCAUCAUAGCACAACACCCGUGCCAUAUCUUCAGCGCGAAAGGGCUCGCCGAGAUCAUUGACCCUUUCCGCUCCCUAUCCAGCGGAAUCAUGGGCCAGCAAGUCUCGGGAGCCGCGGCGAAGUCGAUCAAGAACAAAUUCAUCGCGCUGUUCAACGAGGGCCAAGAUCCCGAAAAGGCCCGGUUUCCGACCCCAGCUCAAGUUGCCGCCACGGAUAUCGGACGGCUGCGAUCGGCCGGCCUCUCUCAACGCAAAGCAGAGUAUAUUCAAGGCCUGGCCCAGAAAUUCGUGUCAGGGGAGCUCACCAACGAUAUGCUCAUGAAGGCCUCUGACGAGGAAGUCAUGGAGAAGUUAAUCGCCGUGCGCGGACUAGGCAAGUGGUCUGUCGAGAUGUUUGCUUGUUUCGGCCUCAAGCGGCUCGAUAUUUUGAGCACGGGCGAUCUAGGUGUCCAGCGAGGAAUGGCUGCAUUCUUUGGCAAAGACGUCAAGAAGUUGAAGGUCAAAGGGGGCGGGAAGUGGAAGUAUAUGAGCGAGCAGGAUAUGCUGGACAAGAGUGCGCCGUACGCGCCGUACCGGAGUUUAUUCAUGUGGUAUAUGUGGAGGGUGGAGGAUGUGGACGUUGAAGUUCUGGCACAGUAG